AUGGCCUCUUCCUUCGGUUGUUUCUUCUUCUUCUUCUUCGUCCCCCUGCUCUUGGGUCACUCGGCCUUCGCAGCCAGAUUCGGAGGAGGGGGAAGACGGCGGCUCCUCCCCGCCGCCACCGAGGUCGCCGGAGUUUGCGCGUCGCUGGUUGUCCCCAGUGGCUAUAAAUGCGAGGAGUUCGACGUGGGCUUUCCAUAUUUUCCCUUCGUUCUUCCUUCAUCUCUCUACGCCUUCCCUUACGCUUGUUGAUCGCUACUACCAUUCUCGGACUGUCUCACAGGUGACGACCCAAGAUGGGUACAUACUCAGGUUGCAGAGGAUCCCGGCUGGUCGCGAUGGCGGCGGCGCCCCCACCGCUGGCCGCCGGAGGCGGCCGGUUCUCCUCCAGCACGGCGUCUUGGCGGUGCGGACGUAAUACGUGCAUAAAUUAUCUUUCAAAGAAUUAGAUAUCUUCAGGGAAGAUAAAUAUUUAACAGAUUGGAUGGAAUCAAUAAAGUGGGUCGCAUAAUGUUGAGGAUAAUCAUAAGAUCGUAUCUUUUAUUCUCCUGUUUUAUCGCUGAGUUUUCCUUUUCGUUUUGCCAUGCAGGAUGGGGUAACGUGGCUGCUGAAUUCCCCGGAUGAGGCUCUGGCUUACGUACUGGCGGACGCCGGCUUUGACGUCUGGAUCGCCAACACCCGAGGAACUCGAUGGAGCCGCCGCCACGAGACCCUCCACCCCUCCUCUCGGGUCACCAUCUCCCCUCCCUCUCUCUCUAUUCCUCUCUCUCUCUCUCUCUCUCUCUCUCUCUCUUUCUCGCUGAGGUCAAUCUAUGGAACAGGCGUUUUGGGCGUGGUCAUGGGACGAGCUGGUUGCGUAUGACCUCCCAGCCACUGUUGACUUCGUGUACCAGAGAACAGGGCAGAAGCUUGACUACGUUGGCCACUCGCUGGUACAGUAAUCGCAUUUAUUCUCUCCCGUCUGCGCCGCUGGCGAAGUUGCUGAAGCUCUCGGCGGCGACCGCCGCUGUUGUAGGGUACGCUCACGGCGAUGGCGUCUUUCUCCGAGGGACGGCUGGUGGACAAGCUGAGGUCCGCCGCCUUGCUGAGCCCCAUCGCUUUCUUGAGCCACAUGACGACCACACUGGGGAUCCUCGCAGCCAGAUCCUUUCUCGGAGAGGUAGGCCUCGUUAUAUAAUCUUCUCAUCUUCUGAGUCUUGAGAACGAUAGAGCUCAGUAGUGAGAAGGUAGAUCUUCUGAAUUGAGUGAGUAUAUGAGUCAGAGUAACGAUUUCAUUUUGCAUGGAGAUCAUUAUAUUCCAUCUCUCUCUCUUUCUCCCUCUUUCUUUCCCUCCCUCUCUCUCUCCCUCCGUCUCCCUGUCUCCCUCUCCCUCUCUCCUUCCCUCCUCUCUCUCUCACUCUCUCUUUCUCUCUCUCUUUCUCUCUCUCUCUUCACCCCCCACUCUCCCUAACCAUGGCCUUUCCCCUUCGUCCAAUGGCCUGUGUUGUUAAUUCCCUGCUCCAAAUUAUAUCACUGUUUGGGGUGGCAGCUGAUUGCCACCCGUUUGUAAUAUAAUAUACCAUUAAUUAUUAUAUUUUAAGUAAUAUGAUUUUUUUUUCAAUAAACUCAUAAAUUUAAUGCCUUCAUAUUGCACCCUACUUUGCUCUUGUACAGAUAUACACAUGGUUGGGCAUCGCAGAGUUUGACCCGACUGGGUACGACCCUCAGCUACCUACUAUUUUGGGAAUAUAAUAUUGUCAACCUAAGUUCGUGGGUUUUUAUUGGCCUAUAAAUAGGGUUGCAGUGAGGUAUCUUAUGAAGAAACUUUGCCAGAAUCCAACGCUCAAUUGCUACGAUCUGAUGACGGCCUUCACUGGUAAUCAUGACUACCGUUUGACCCAAUUCCCAGCCACGCAUAUAACUCUGUUCAUCCCAUAAUGAGUACUAUUUUUAGAAGUCAACGCGGCCAUCCUAGAGAAUUCAACCCCAGCUCUUAUGGAAUAAACCUGUACAUAUCUUUGUGAUGAAAUAGGCAAGGAAUUAAUUUUGUCAUGUACCUCAUAAUUGAUUAAUCGGUUAUAGUCUUAAAAGUCAACGUCGGCCAUCUUUGAGAAUUCAACCGCGGCUAUUCAUCUCAUUAGCUAGGGAAUAAACCUCGCGCUAUUUUAUACGUAUAUAUCUUUGUGCCGAAACAUGCAAGACGUUGACUUUAAAUAUGUUGUGAUCUUAAGCUAAUUUUAUCGAGUUAUAUGGCCGUGUACUUGCCUGUUCAGGAAUGAACUGCUGCCUAAACGAGUCAACGGUAGAGCUCUACCUGGAGUACGAGCCGCAGUCAACGUCAACGAAGAACAUGGUUCAUCUAGCUCAGAGUGAGUGACUCUCCUCUUCCUCCACUACCACCGCCGCCGCCGCCGCCGCCGCCCCUCAUUUAUCUAACGGUGGGUUGUCUACAAGCUUGCAGCUUUCCGGGACGGCGCGCUGACAAAGUUUGACUACGGCGGCGGCGAGGCCAACAUGCGGCGGUACGGCCGGCGGUCGCCGCCGGCGUAUAACCUUUCCAACAUUCCCGGAGAGCUCCCCAUCUUUCUCAGCUACGGCGGAAGGGACAGGCUCUCCAACACCGAUGACGUGAGCCUUCUCCUCGCCGCCCUCAGGGCCCGCGGCGGCGGCGGGCGGCUCACUGUCCAGUUUGUGGCUGACUUCGCCCACGCUGACUUCGUCAUGGGGACUACCGCCAGGCGGGUCGUGUAUGACGCCGUCGUGGCCUUCUUCCGCCGCCAGCUGUGA